AUGAAUUUGAUCACAUCUAAAGAAAAAAAUGAUGGAAAAGAAAUUGCACAAUGGAACAAAAAUCUAGUAGAUAUCUUUUGUGCUUUGUGUGUGAAAAGUAUUGAAACUGGUAGCAAACCGGGCACACAUUUUGAUAUCAAAAGUUGGAAACAAUUGAUAGCUGAAUUCACAAAAGCUACGAGAAAAGAAUAUAAUAGAAAACAAUUGAGAAACAAAUGGGAUCAGUUGAAAGUUAUUCCAAAGGCUAAAAAAGAAGGGAUAGAAGGGAUUCAUCCAGAUUUUGAGGCAACAUUGGAUAGGAUGUUUCAAAGAACAGCUGCAACAGGAGAAGAUGCUUGGACUCCAUCUUCCGGAAUAGUUCCUUCUUCAAUUGAGAAAGAUACACAACUUGAAGAUAGUGAGGAUUUUGAUAUAUAG